AUUGGAGGGGGUUCCAGAGGGAGGGAAGAAGGUGUCCUGAGUCAAGGGACAAUGCCAGAGGUGUUUCCAGUGCUCUGCUGAGGGAAUGCUGGGGACACCGCUCACCUCCCAGUCCCUGCUGAGCAGAGACCUCUCCGAGAUGUCAGGUAUUAGUCCGGAGGGGCAGAUCUGCGAGGCACACGGCAGCUCCCGGGUCUACGGUCCAUUAGGCUCUCCGUGGGAGAGGGAUCCCAGACAGCUCUGCUGGGGAGCCAGCCCAGGAGAUUUGUUAGCGGGCUGCUCCGGGGGAUACCAGCCGCCUCCGGCACCCGAGCGCCAAAGGUGCCUGUGCUGCUGCUGCUGCUGCUGCUGGCGCAUUUCAGCCAAACUCCAGCCGGAGCCAGGGCAAGUUGAGCCGGAGGCAUUGGAGCCGCUGUGCUUCGGAGACGCCGGGGCGCACGGGGAGCGCGGCGGCACCAUGCCGGCCAUCAAGAAGGAGCGACUUGACAGGGAGGAGAUGGCCCUGGCGGCUUUCAACCAGCCCAUGGAAACCUUACCCGAGUACCUGGCGCCCCUGGCCGCCGCUGCCAUGCCGGUGGUCACCCCGCACCCGCCGGCGUACGAGCACAUCUUCGCCCACCGCGCGUACCUGGGCUUCCAGGAGCCCCACCCGCACCACCCCCAGCACCUCCCCGAGGACCUGAUGCUGGAGAGGUUCUCCUCCAUCCCGGAUUUCCAGCCCUUCUUUGACAACGGGGAGCCUUGCAUCGAGGUGGAGUGCGGGGAGAACAAGGCGCUGCUCUACAUCAAUAAGUUGUGCCAAGGCAGCAAAGGACCCUCCAUCCGGUACCGGGGAGAGUGGCUCACCCCCAACGAGUUCCAGUUCGUCAGCGGCAGGGAGACGGCCAAGGACUGGAAGCGCAGCAUCAGGCACAAAGGGAAAAGUUUGAAGACUCUUAUGUCCAAAGGAAUCUUACAGAACCGGGGCCGGCUGGCAGAGAAGAGGAGCAUCCCCCUGCCCCCCAGCAGGGUCCCCAAGAAGGAGCUGGGCCCCCUCCUGUCCCCCAGCGAGGACAGCCAGGACAGCGACAGGAGCCAUGGGCAGCAGCAGCCCCACGUGAAGCAGGAGGAGGAUCUGCACAUCAGUAUCAUGAAAAGAAGGAUUCACACCCACUGGGAUCUGAACAUCUCCUUCCGAGAGAGCUCUUGCAGCCGCGACACCGACCUGUCCAGCAUCAUCUCCAGCCUGCAGCAGGGCCGCCAGCUCGGCAUGCCAGAGAGCCAGAGCCGCUGCGAGCUCAAGAGGAACGCCCUGGACGUGGGGCUGGCGGCAGCAGAUGAAAUUCUAGGCAAGAGGAGAGUAUGUUCCCCCAACAGCAGCAGUGAGUGUCCUCUGGAGAGCAAGAAAGCCCGGAGUGAGUCCCCAAAGGAGACGUCGCAGACGCCGGCGCUGGAGGAGGUGGCGCAGAUGACCCCCGAGGAGCACUACAGGCGCAUGAUGUCAGCCCUCAACGAGCACGGCUCCUUCGAGGAGCAGCAGCAGCAGCGCCUCUUCCAGCUGGCCAACAGCAUGGCAGUGCCCAGCCACGGGGAUCUGCUCCGGGCGCGGCAGGAGGUGGCGGCGGCGGCGGCGCGGACCCCGGGCGCGAUGGAAGCGCACAUCCCCUCGGGCAGCAACUCGUCCAGCCAGCGCAGGAAGCAGGGCCUGCCCCAGCACCGCGACAGCCACUUCCCCGACAGGGAGAUCUCCCACCCUCCGCCUCUGCUGUCGCCCCAGAACGCUCCCCACAUCGCCCUGGGGCCCCACUUGAGACCUCCCUUCCUCGGGGUGCCUUCAGCACUGUGCCAGACACCAGGUUACGGGUUCCUGCAGCCAGCACAGGCAGAGAUGUUUGCACGGCAGCAGGAGAUGCUACGGAAGCAAAACCUGGCCAGGCUGGAGAUGUCGGCCGAGCUGAUCCGCCAGAAGGAGCUGGAGAACCUGCACCGGCAGAGGCUGCUGGCCGCCGACCCGCUGAGCCUGCACCCGGGGCUGCCCCCCGACCACCCUGCGCUGCGCAGCGUGCACGACGUGCCCGAGGGCCAGGCGCUGCGGGACGAGCUGUCCCGCCGCAACGCCAUGCUGGUGCUGCGCCACAACAACGCGCCGCUGCUGUCGCUGGCGCCGGGCGCCGCCACCACCCCGCCCAAGGAGCAGCCGCGGCGGGCAGGCCGCAAGGGCCCCUCGCAGGCGCGGGCCGAGCCGCAGGGCCCCGGCGAGCCGCGGGAGCCGCGCGCGGGCGCCCAGGACUGUAACGACGACGAGAUGAAGGACUCGGAGAGCGACGGCGACGACAAGGCCGAGGCGCUCAAGGGCGAGGGCGGCGCGGCCGCGGAGCCCAAGGAGGGCAAGGACGGCGGCGCGGGCAAGGCCUGCGAGGGCGCCAAGGAGGCGGGCGAGGCGGGCACGGCGCCCGGCACGGUGCCCUGCAGCUCCUCCAGCGCAGAGUCCCCCAGCCACCUGCUGGGGCCCGCCAUGGGCAAGGCCGAGGUGAAAUACCUGCCUCCAAGCUCGCUGCCCGCCCCACAGCCGCUGCCCUUCGGCUUCCCCUACACCAUGAGCCCCUACUUCCAUGCAGGCACCAUGGGAGGUCUGUUUCUGGAUGGGGAGGAGAGCCCGGCGCUGGAGGACAUCAGCAAAUGGACAGUGGAGGACGUCUGCAGCUUCGUGUCCAACCUGUCUGGCUGCACCGAGUACACUCAGGUAUUCCGAGAGCAGGCCAUCGAUGGGGAGACCCUGCCCCUCCUGACAGAAGAGCACUUACUGAACAACAUGGGGCUCAAGCUGGGACCUGCCCUGAAGAUCAGGUCACAGGUGGCCAAGCGCCUGGGCCGGGUGCUGUGCAUGGCCGGGUUCCCGCUGGCGCUGCCGCUGCAGCCGCCGGGGCUGCGGCCCCCGGAGCGGGAGGCGGCCCCGGGCGAGCUCCGCCCGGCCUCCACCGGCAGCGUGGCCUCGCCCUUCGGCGGCGCCGCCGCGCCCAGCCGGGGCUCCCCGAAGCAGGAGAACGGCAACGCCGCCCUGCUCGGCGACACCACCAAGCCCCCGUCCUAACGGGGCCCAGCGCCCCCGCCGCAGGAACGGUCUCUUCUGGGUGGUUGUUUAUUUUGGAUGCGUUUGUUUUUUUUUUUUUUUUUUAUUUGUUUGGGGAAAAUAAAAGAAGAACCACGGAGAUUUCUGAACUGUCAAAAAAAAAAAAAAAAAAGAUUGAAAGGGAAGGAAGGAAAAUGAUCCAAAGAUGUUGUCGUGGGACGACGCCAAGUGAAGAGAGGGAUGCUGGAGGAUGGAGGCAGCGUUGCUGUCCCUUCCACGCUGCUCAGUGGAGCUGCAGAGCCCUGCACAGGAGGCACGGACAGGCUGCUCUCUGCCUUCAGGAACUCGGGCUCUGCUGCUCCCCCGGUACCUCGAGCAAACACUCCCAUCCACAGGCACCCCAGCCAAGCUCUCCUCCUCCCUGCAACCGGGCUCACUUCCUCAUUCAGGUGUUCUAUGCAUCUCUAGCAACUUUGAAAACAAUACCAAAGACAGACAAAAAGGAUAAAAAGACAAAAAAACAAAAGGACAAAA